AUGGAGGGAGCUAUGAAUGCUAUUAAAAGGCAGUUUCGGCCGACGUCUGUGCUGUCAAGGGAGGAAGAGGAGAGGGUAGAUAAUCUUAAUCAUGGCCCUGAUGAUCUUGAACAAGUCGAGAGCCAAAGUCCUGAGUUGAAGGGUAUCGCGAAAGACACGGUUCAGGCGGAAUCGGGAGUAUCUGCUAUUGAAGGUGCCACUUCUGUUUGGGGAAAGAAAGGCAGAUGGCUUGUUAUCGCUGGCGAGCUCGACAACUCGACCGUAUAUAUCUACAAUAACUACUCAACAUCAUCCUUCAAUGCCCUUUCAAAACUGGCAACGCUCAGUACUGCCGGAUCUGUCCUUUUCGCAGUCAUAAAACCACCCAUUGCAAAGCUUUCAAACGUCAUGGGCCGUGGCCAGACGUACAUGAUGACGAUUAGUCUUUAUGUAUUAUCUUAUAUUCUCAUGGCUUCAGCCAAGUCGCUCAACGCCUAUGCUGCGGGAUACAUCUUGUAUGUUAUGGGUCAAUCAGGUACCAACAUUAUGAACGACAUCGUUAUUGCAGAUUUAAGUAACGCGCGAUGGCGUGGCUUUGCAAUCGGCGUUUCUUUCGCUCCCUACCUCUUGACGCCGUGGAUAUCAGGCUUCAUCACCGAGAGUGUUGUGAACGGAAUUGGCUGGCGUUGGGGAAUUGGAAUGUUUGCCAUUCUCAUGCCCUUUGGGGCAAGUUUCAUCAUCACCACCUUGUUAUACUACCAGAUGCAAGCUAAAAGAAAGGGUCUUGCGGUACGCCAAAGAACGACAGUCUAUGACUUUUGCUCCCAAAUUGAUUUGGGUGGCGUGGUUCUCUUCAGUGGUGGCUUCGCUCUGAUCUUAGUUCCAUUGACAUUGGCAGCGACAACAACCAGCAAAUGGAGGACACCAUAUCUCGACGCCCUCAUUGCCGUUGGAGCUGUCAUGUUGAUUGUAUUCCCGUUCUAUGAGCGUCUUGUCUCCAAAUACCCCUUCAUGCCGCCAUCCUACUUUAAGAAUCCCACCAUUGCUCUCUGUCUAUUUCUCAUUGCGACAGACUCUAUCGGCUUCUCAUGCACUCAUACCUACCUAUACACAUGGGCAACUGUGGCACGCAAUUUCUCAGCGCGAAAUGCAACAUUCUACAACGCGACCAAUGGUGUGAUGCAGUGUUUGACGGCUAUAAUUGCUGGAGUCUUCAUGAUGUGGACACGGCGCUAUAAGUGGUUAGUUAUUGCUGGGGCUGUCAUCCGUCUCAUCGGUUACGGUAUCAUGAUUCGUCUCCGAGGCGCAUCGAAUUCCCUAUUUGAGCUUUUCUUUGUGCAAAUACUACAAGGCAUUGGCUCGGGUAUCAUGCAAGUAAACCUGCUAGUGCCAGCGCAAAUAUCCGUACCGCACGCACAGAUGCCACAGAUAACAGCUUUGGUUGUGUGUUUCUCUUUCUUGGGAUCGAGUGUCGGUGCCUGUAUUGCCGGUGGCAUAUAUACCAACACUAUUGGAAUGGCCUUGAAGAACCACCUAGGCUCACAAGCAACGCCAGCAUUGAUCAAAACCCUUUCUAACUCGAUUCUUGGUGUCGCUCCAGCCUGGGGUACUCCAGAGCGUAUUGCCGUAAACCUUGCAUUUUCGGAUGUUUUAAGAUACAUGACCUAUACUGCGUUGGCAUCUUCCGUGCCCGCGAUGUUUCUAGCCUGGUUCAUGCCGAACCACAACCUUCCGGACCGUAACAAUUUGGUCGAAGAGCCUACGGAUUAG